UAGCCUCCUCCUGAGACAAAACAAACUGAGCCAGGAGGUGUUACACUUUCUCCACAGAGACCAUUUAAACCAGAGCAGCACCUAUUCACUGCUAUCAGACUUCUCUCCAUACAGCGCUGUGGGUGCAAAAAGACUUAAGGAGAAGCUUUGACUGGAACAAGGAAUACAACAACAACAAAAAGUUGUAUUAAAUUAGUUUUGGGACAACAUGGCACUUCGACAGAACUCUGAAAUGGAGCCAAGCAUCGAGUUGUUUAUUAAGGCUGGGCAUGAUGGGGAGAACGUGGGGAACUGCCCCUUCUGUCAGAGGCUCUUCAUGGAGCUGUGGCUGAAAGGAGUGAAGUUUACAGUGACCACUGUUGACAUGAGGAAGAAGCCCGCUGAGCUCAAAGACUUGGCCCCCGGCACCAACCCUCCUUUCCUCCUCUACAACGGCACCCUCAAAACAGACUUCAUCAAAAUCGAGGAGUUUCUUGAACUAACAGUGGCACCUCCCAGGUAUCCUCAUCUCAGCCCACUAAACAGAGAGUCUUUUGAUGUGGGCGCUGAUAUUUUUGCAAAGUUCUCUGCUUUCAUCAAGAACAGUCCUAAUAACACCUUCUACGAGAAAAACCUGCUGCGGGAGUUCAAGCGUCUGGACAACUACCUGAACUCCCCGCUGCCCGAGGAGAUCGACCACAACUCCAGAGAGUCCGUCACCGUCUCCAAGAGGAAGUUUCUGGACGGGGAUCGCCUCACCUUAGCCGACUGCAACCUGCUGCCCAAACUGCACGUCAUCAGGGUUGCUUCCAAGAAGUACUGCGACUUUGACAUCCCCGCAGAGUUCACAGGCGUGUGGAGAUACCUUCGAAACGCCAGCGAGAGAGAAGAGUUCAAACAGACAUGUCCAGCCGACAUUGAAAUCGAGAAGGCUUACUUCAGCGUGGCCAACAAGAGGAAAUAAAACCUUGGAUUCUCUGUAAUUAAGUGUUCACUCAGUGUAACUGUGUUGUGAUCUGUAGAGGGCGCUACAACCUACUAAUCUGUGGCCACAAAACAGACACUAUUCCUCCUUAAACCUGUAUUUUUUUUCCAGUAAGACUCUAGGACACGCUGAAGUAAAACGUUUUAUUGGUUGUAUGUAUCCACAUCCAUAGUCACUCAGACAGAUCUUCAAGCCAUAUUGAAAAGGCCAAAUGUACAAUUAUUGUUAUUGUGUAUAGUGUAAAUAGAUAUUUUCAACACUUUUUUGAUCAAUCACCCUCUUUAAAACAUAUAUGAUUGUGUUAGUGUGAGCAGCAGCUGCAGAAACCUCCACGUACAGUUAUUUUAAUGCAAACCAUGAAAUACACUUCUGUAUCUGAUUAUCGCUGUCACACUAAUAAUAAAUAUCAAAAUGAUUUGUCAUAA